GGUGGCGACCGGUGAUUGCAGCUGCCUAGGGGCAGGGCUUGCCCCAGCGCCGUGUGGUGGCACCCGCGUGGUUGCGUCCGGGGUGCUGGGGAGCUGGGAGCCCGCGGUCUGGGAGCGGCGAUUGGCUGGCAGCCCCUCUCUGCCCAGGUCGCGGGCCAUCGGGUGCGCUCCGAGGGGCUUCUGCCUUUCAGAAGGCGGGGGUAGGGUGUCCAGGUCGCAGGUGACAGGGCCAGAGAAAGAUGGAGCAGCCCGGGGUGGCGGCGUCCGGAGCGGGAGGCGGCAGCGAGGAACCCGGCGGGGGCCGGAGCAACAAGCGGAGCGCUGGGAGCCGGGCGGCCAAUGAAGAGGAAACGAAAAACAAACCCAAAUUGAACAUUCAAAUAAAAACUUUGGCAGAUGAUGUGGGCUUUUUAUUUUUCUGUUUGCAGCGUGACCGAAUUACAAGUUUCAGAAAAUCUACCGUUAAAAAAGAAAAACCUCUUAUUCAACAUCCGAUCGAUUCUCAAGUCGCAAUGAGUGACUUUCCAGCAGCUCAGCCUUUGUAUGAUGAACGAUCUCUGAAUCUAUCAGAAAAAGAAGUGCUGGAUCUUUUUGAAAAAAUGAUGGAAGAUAUGAACCUUAAUGAAGAAAAGAAGGCUCCUUUAAGAAACAAGGAUUUUACCACCAAGCGUGAGAUGGUUGUCCAGUACAUUUCUGCUACUGCCAAAUCCAUAGUUGGAAGUAAAGUUACGGGUGGCCUGAAAAACAGCAAGCAUGAAUGCACCCUGUCAUCGCAAGAAUAUGUUCAUGAAUUGCGAUCUGGUAUUUCAGAUGAGAAACUUCUUAACUGCCUAGAAUCCCUGAGGGUUUCCUUAACCAGCAAUCCUGUCAGUUGGGUUAACAACUUUGGCCAUGAAGGUCUUGGACUCUUAUUGGAUUUGCUGGAAAAGCUUCUGGACAAAAAACAGCAAGAAAAUAUCGACAAGAAGAAUCAGUAUAAACUUAUUCAGUGCCUGAAAGCAUUUAUGAAUAAUAAGUUUGGAUUGCAAAGGAUUCUUGGAGAUGAAAGGAGUCUUUUAUUGUUGGCAAGAGCAAUUGAUCCCAAACAACCCAACAUGAUGACUGAAAUAGUAAAAAUACUUUCUGCUAUUUGCAUUGUUGGGGAAGAGAACAUUCUAGACAAACUAUUGGGGGCGAUAACUGCUGCAGCUGAGAGAAAUAACAGAGAACGAUUUUCACCAAUUGUGGAAGGACUAGAAAAUCAUGAAGCUUUGCAAUUACAGGUGGCCUGCAUGCAGUUUAUAAAUGCCCUUGUCACUUCUCCCUAUGAUCUUGAUUUUCGAAUUCAUUUAAGGAAUGAGUUCCUCCGUUCUGGACUAAAAGCAAUGCUACCUGAUCUUAAAGAGAAAGAGAAUGAUGAACUUGAUAUUCAGUUGAGAGUAUUUGAUGAAAACAAAGAAGAUGACCUAACUGAAUUAUCCCAUCGUCUCAAUGACAUUCGAGCUGAGAUGGAUGAUAUGAGUGAAGUCUACCAUCUUCUGUAUAAUAUGGUGAAAGACACUGCUGCUGAAAGUUACUUGCUGUCCAUUCUGCAACACUUUCUGCUAAUCAGAAAUGAUUAUUAUAUCAGGCCACAGUAUUAUAAAAUAAUUGAGGAAUGCGUUUCGCAGAUAGUGUUGCACUGUAGCGGCAUGGACCCAGACUUCAAGUACAGGCAAAGAUUAGACAUUGAUUUGACUCAUCUGAUAGAUUCUUGUGUAAACAAGGCAAAAGUUGAAGAAAGUGAACAAAAAGCAAUGGAAUUUUCAAAGAAGUUUGAUGAAGAAUUCACAGCUCGACAGGAAGCUCAAGCUGAGCUUCAAAAAAGAGAUGAAAAAAUCAAAGAACUUGAAAUAGAAAUCCAGCAGCUUCGAACCCAGGGAGCUUCAUCAGGAAUUCCAGGGCCUCCUCCACCACCUCCACUGCCAGGUGCUGGACCAUGCCCACCACCACCACCACCACCACCACCGCCGCCACUACCUGGAGUAGCUCCUCCUCCCCCACCACCUCCAUUGCCUGGGAUGUCUGGUAUUCCACCCCCACCACCUCCUCUUUUGGGAGCACCUCCUGCACCACCACCUCUUGGUGGAAUUGCUCCUCCUCCUCCAGGAGUAGCAAUUGACCUACCAUAUGGAAUGAAGCAGAAAAAGUUAUACAGGCCAGAAGUGUCCAUGAAGAGAAUUAAUUGGUCCAAGAUUGAACCUAGAGAAUUAUCUGAGAACUGUUUCUGGCUAAAAGUAAAAGAAGAUAAGUUUGAGAAUCCAGAUCUUUUUGCAAAAUUGGCCUUGACUUUUGCUUCUCAGAACAAAGUUCAAAAGAAUGGAGAUGCUGCCGAAGAAAACAAGAGUGGUCCUGCAAAGAAGAAAGUGAAGGAAUUAAGAGUUUUGGAUCCUAAAACAGCCCAGAAUCUGUCUAUCUUCCUGGGAUCUUAUCGCAUGCCAUACGAGGAUAUUAAAAACAUUAUUUUGGAGGUUAAUGAAGAGUUGCUCAGCGAGGCCUUAAUUCAGAAUCUUGUAAAACAUCUUCCCGAGCAGAAGGUAUUGAGAGAAUUAGCACAACUUAAGAAUGAAUAUGAUGAUCUCUGUGAGUCUGAGCAGUUUGGAGUUGUGAUCAGCACAGUGAAAAUGUUACGGCCUCGCCUCAAUAGCAUCCUUUUCAAGCUCACCUUUGAAGAACACAUAAACAACAUCAAACCAAGCAUCAUAGCAGUAACUCUUGCUUGUGAAGAACUGAAGAAAAGUGAAAGCUUUAACAGACUUUUAGAGUUAGUUCUUUUGGUUGGCAACUACAUGAACUCUGGCUCAAGAAAUGCCCAGUCUUUGGGUUUUAAGAUCAACUUCCUUUGUAAGAUCAGAGAUACAAAAUCAUCAGAUCAAAAGACAACCCUUUUGCAUUUUCUUGCUGAAAUCUGUGAGGAAAAAUAUCGAGAUAUCCUGAAGUUUCCUGAGGAACUUGAACAUGUAGAAAGCGCAAGCAAAGUUUCAGCUCAAAUUCUCAAGAGCAACCUUGCAGCAAUGGAACAAAACAUUCUUCAUCUGGAGCGUGACAUCAAGAAUUUCCCUCAAGUAGAAAAUCAGCAUGAUAAGUUUGUGGAAAAGAUGACGAGCUUUACAAAGAGUGCUAGAGAACAAUUUGAAAAACUGUCCACCAUGCACAACAAUAUGGUGAAACUCUACGAGAACCUUGGAGAGUACUUCAUUUUUGAUCCUAACACAGUGGCCAUAGAAGAAUUUUUCGGAGAUCUCAACAACUUCAGAACUCUAUUUUUGGAAGCACUGAAAGAAAACCACAAAAGAAAAGAAAUGGAAGAGAAGAGCAGGAGGGCAAAACUUGCAAAAGAGAAAGCUGAACAGGAGAAGGUGGAACGCCAGAAGAAGAAGAAACAGCUCAUUGAUAUAAACAAAGAGGGUGAUGAGACUGGCGUGAUGGAUAAUCUUCUAGAAGCCCUACAAUCAGGUGCAGCAUUCAGAGACCGAAGAAAACGAAUUCCAAGGAAUCCAGACAACAGACGGGCACCUCUGGAAAGAUCACGCUCUCGCCACAAUGGAGCAAUGUCCUCCAAGUGAUUCCUGACGCCAGAGUGUACGGCAAUAUUUAAAUAAACAGAAUCAUAUAUUUGAGAAGAACAAAACAUGCACUUAAGAAUUGGAGUGCAAAUAAAUGUUUCCACAAAGGUCAAGCUAAGCUGGAUGAAGCAGUGUAUAUUUGUGAAACUACUACAAGGCUCCUCCUACAACUACACUAAUCUGAACACAGCUGUCAUGAUUAGAAAACUUUUGUUCCACUGUAGUGUAAAAACAUAUAUUAUUUGUCAUUGUGUAUGACCUGACUCUGAAGAUGAAAGUCUGUCAGUUUUUAAAACUGAAAUUUCUAGGUCAUUCCCAUUAAAAAAGAAAAGAAAAGAAAAGAAAAGAAACAAAAAUAUAGAGUAAGAGGAAAGAAAAGGAAUAGACGGAAAUCUCUGUCUGCUUCCAGCUCUUCUCAUCUAUAAAAUGAAAGGUCUAAGAAAAUAUGCAUGCUAGUGAUUUGGAAAGGUGCUAAUAUUGCACACACUGUAAGAGAAGCCGUUUAGGGAAUUCAAAAAAGUACUGCUCCGCCCCAGUCAAGUUAUUUAGAAUCUGAUCUCAAGUGAAAGCUGAUGGAUUCAUCUACUUUGGGUGAAAUUAAACUUAUCAUUAGUCUAGUGUUUCAGCAUGAUAUCACAAGCACUUGUCAUUGCUAAAAAUAAACCAAAGUCUAACAGAAUCUGGAUUUAAACUUUAUUUAAAGAAGUAUUUUCUAAUUAUGCAUAGAUACCUACUUUAUAGAAAUUCUUUAUAUGUCUAUUUUUUAGAAAAGCUCUACAUUUUCAUGUAUAUGCUAAAGAUUAAUAUGAAAAUUCUGCUGUCUUCAUUUAGGUUUUAAAGGAAAAUGUCAAUUCCUAUUUCUUCAUUCUAUUGUUUCUUUCUCCUUUAAUCCCCUUGGAGGCAGAAAAUAGAAUUCCAGAAGACCUCGAAAAGAGGUUUCUUUCUGCAGGGGGCAGUAGAAAGCUGAAAGGCCCAGUCCAAUUCUACUUUGGAAGUAGAAGAAGAAAAAGCAAUUCUCUGUAUGUAUUAUGUAUGUAUGUAUGUAUGUAUGUAUAUUAUGUAUGUACAUAUUUAUAUCUUACGACAAUAAUUUCAUAUCCCAGUAACAAGGUAAACCGCUCUGUCAUCACUAUGCUUACUUACCUUAUAUUAUUUACACACUUCAAUGAUGCUGCCAAAACAACUCUAAGAGAGAAAGAAGCUCAGCAUUUUUUAAUAGAUGAGAGAAUAAAAGUUAUACUUAUCCUGUCUAUUAUUUUAAACUAUGUGUUGUAAUAAUUAGUAUAACUUCCUGGAGUAUAAUUUUAAGGCUAAUUCAUGCAAGAUGAUUGUGAUUGCUGUGAAAGAUUUCUUAUAUGUACAUUUCUUAUGUAGAAAAUUGUAUUUCUACUUCUCCAAAGCACAUUACAGACAUUCAGAGAAAAGAACAAAUGACUGGCUUGGCAAGUUAUGUUCUGAGAUAAUGUAAACACGUGACCAAUAACUCACAGAUUUCUUUUUAAGAUGUAUAGUAAUUUAAUCUGUUGCCUUUUCUUCUAAUGCAUUCUUAUUUGGGUAUUUUACUUCAAAAUACCCUGAAGCUGCUACAGUAGGGAAAUCAGAAGGUAACAAUAUUUGAGGUUUUCCUUUUUGUUACGUGAAAACACACACACAUACACCACAAACAAACACAAGUAACAUGCCACUUUCACAUACUAUUUUUUUUAACAAUAACCAUGGUAGUUUCAGUUCUACUAAUUGAUGUAAAUAACUACUGUGUGCAUUUUUUAUUUUAAAAAGCAUUUUAUGAAAUAUUCUGGUAUGGCUUCUUUGAGGUUUUUGAUAAAUUUUCAGGCUGUAAAAAAUGAUUUUGAAAUGUAAACUUUGACUAAAUUUGGGGGCAUUUGCCCAGCCAUACCUAUCUAGCUGGUCAAGGUUGAAAUACUGAUGUGUAUCACCUUUUCCAGAUGUGAACUUGCCUUAUUUUCUAGUUUGUAAGCAAGAAUGAAUGAAAUACUAUUGUUGAUAAAUUAUAUAUUUGUAUUUAAAUGCAUCCCACAUGCUUUUCACAAACAUUAAGAAACAUUUCAGGGGCCAAAAAUCAAGUUAAAGGACUUACUUACCCAAUUUAUAAUUUUCCUGUUCCAGCCACUUGCACUUUUAUUUUAGACUGAAAAAAUAUCAUCAUAGAAAGAACAUGGUGGUAUUUUUAGGAUAAAACCAAAUUAUCAUGAACUCUUUUUUGUUUAUUUCAACCACACAUGAGAAAUACCAUUUAUAUGAAAUUUCUUCAGAAUGUUAAAAAAAAAACCAGGUACCCAAAUCCUUAAAAUGUUUUCCCCUUUGGAUACUACAACAAUUGCCCAUAAAUUUGAUGGCUUAAGACCACAGCAAUGUAUUCUCUCUUGGUCCUGGAGGCUAUAAGCUUGAAGUUUGGGUGUCAGACCAGUCCUGCUACCUCCCGAGGCUGUAAAGAAGACCCCUUCUUUGCCUUGUCCAUCUUCUGAUGACCACAUUCUUCUCUGUUCCUCUUUACAUCACCUUCUCUGUGUACCUGGUCUCCCCCUGCCUCUCUUAUAAGAUUACUCAUUUUAUAAGGAUGUUGAUGGGUGACAUUUAGGAACCACCAAGUUAAAACAAGAUAAUCCUUCACCUCAGGUCCCAAACUGUAUUGUAUCUCUAAGACCUUUCAUCCAAACAAGCUAGCAUCCAGGAACUAGGAAUUAGGAUACAGGUGUGUCCUUUAGGUAACCACCCUCAUCCCACCAGUCUGCCACUGAACCCAAAAAUGUACAUUGUCCCAUGUGUGAUACAUUCACUCCAUUCCAACAUUCCCUGUUCUUAAGCCAUUUCAAUAUCAACCCUAAGUCCAAAGUCUCAUCCAAAAUUCAUUAGUUCAAAUCUAAUAAUCUAGACCAUUUUACGAACUGUGAAUGAAACUUAGGAUAUGAUCAAUCCUGGAAAAAUAUCCUUCUCACCUGGGAUCCACUGAAAGAACAAAUUGAAAACAAAUUGUUUCCUUCUAUAAUAGUAGUGGAACAGGCAUGAAAUAAUGAAAGAGGCAUUCCUUUUUCAAAAGGAAGAAAACAGAAAAUAGAAAGGACUCACCUGUCCCAGUAAUUUUCAAAAACCAGUUCUCCCUAGGGUUCAAGGCCUGGCAAUAGUCCUCUAUCUCAGAAUAUCACUGUGUGGGGCCGCAGCUUUUUGUCUGUGAGGGAGGACUGGGCCUCUGCUCCCAGGCAUAGGUCUCUAGUUUUGCACCCAUGGUUGGUUCAGCCAUUGGGGUGCUUCUUUCUUUUUCUGAAAGUUAGCAUGUAUAUACAGCUGAGUAAUUUUGGUAGCUGCUUUUCCGCCUAUAGAAGUUCAGUGCUCUGGCAGCCAUCUCUGGUUUUCCCGCAUCCCUGUCCCCUUCCGACCAAGCUGAAAGUGCUUCUGCUGCUCAUCACAUUCUCAGAAACUGUGUGCAGCUCCCUUGUAUUUCAUGUGAAUUCACCCAUUUGAGAAAAGGGAAUGUCACUGUUCUUUCCGAGGUAGCUUCGCCUCUCUUUGUGGUUUCUGGGAGAUGGUUGAGUGAACACAGGGAUGAGUGCCUAAUUUAUUCAGCACUAUCCAAAAGCUGCCCAGCCACAUUCUAGGCCUUAGUGCCAUAGCACACUUUCCUCACAAGGAAUUUCCUAAUUUUAGCAUCUUUUGUAAUCAGAGCAGGCUAAGAAUUUCCCAAAUCAAGUGCUGCUUCCUGUUGGACAUAAUGAUUCUUUCUUUGGUUUACCUGUUCUCUUUUUCUUUCUCUUUUUCUUUCUCUUUUUGAAAUUUUCAUUUCCUCUU